AGAAGAAACAGGGAAACCGAAACUGGAGAAGAAAAAAGUUCGCCGGAGAGAAAGAUGGCGACAGGAAGGGUCAAGGUGGAGAAAAUCGGCGGGAAAUCAACCGCGACGGGAUGCUUCUCCAAGUACCCUCUCAAAUUCAUCCUUCCUCGCAAGGUAGGUCCUGUCGGAACUGACGCUGUCUGGAUUUACAGCAUCACCUAUGGCGGCGGCAUUGUCUCUGUAUGUCUCUCUCUCUCUCGUUCCAUUGAUCGAUGCCGUAGUGAUGUACGGAUUGCGGACACAAUACCGUGUCUUCCUCUGAAUCCGCGAAAUCCAAAGCUUUUUUCUGUUUCAGGAGCAUCUAACCUAGAAGCUUGUUUUGUUUAUUGUGAGAAUCGAGAAAUCUAUGCAAGUUGUCUUCGAAUAUGUAUGCAGGGAGACACGAUUUCGUGUGAAUUCACCAUUGGCAACGGAUGCAUCGCUGUGCUCACAACCCAGGCUUCUACUAAGGUUUACAAGGCCAUGGGAUCAAAGUGUUCUGAACAGUCAUUGGAAGCGAGAAUCGGGCGUGGAGCCCUUUUCGUGGUGAUUCCAGAUCCAGUUACCUGUUUUUCCACGGCAAGGUACUUUCAGAAACAGAUCUUUAGAAUGGCUUCGGAUUCCAAUUUGGUCGUUGUCGAUUGGAUCACGAGUGGCCGGCAUGCUAAUGGUGAAAAAUGGGAUUUUGAGCUUUAUAAGAGCAUCAACAAUGUCUACCUGGAUGGUGAAGAUGAUGAUCAGCCUCUGUUCCUUGAUACAGUGCUGCUAGAAAAGGGGAAUAUCCGUAGUAUAGCUGAACGAAUGCAAGACUACCAAACCAUAGCAAUGGUCAUAAUCUUCGGGACAAAGCUGAAAGAAAUCCAGAACCGAGUCCAAGACAGCGUGAAGAAGAUAAUGUCCGAACAAUUACACAUCUCUUCUGCCAUCUGGAGACGCAGGACUGAAUCCAGCUCCCGUCCUGGCCUCGCAAAACCCGAGUUUAUUGCAUCUUGCAGUACAUUCGGGCCCGAGGGAAAGGGGAUGGUGAUUCGGAUUGCUUCCGAAUCAACAGAGUCGGUAUACGACUUCUUGAGGCGACAACUCGCCGGGAUAGAGCCUCUCAUCGGCCAAUCCCCGUAUCCGUAACUCCGGAUAAGAGAGUUUUAGAGGGAGAUUUCACAAGGAGCGUGAAAUGUUCGUCCCCGGCAUAUGGGUUCUAGAUUUUCUCCAGCGUAUGAACAGACA